CGGCGGUCGCGACUGCUCCUCGCGGCCCCGCGUUCAGACGCGCGCGCGUGCCUAAUAUGCGGCUCCUAGGGAUUGCCUGCGCCUCGCCGGCUCAUUCCGGCCACGCUUACCUUCGUUGACUUCGGCAUACGCGAUCACCAUUGACGGUGGCGAAUGACGGUGACGACAACGGGUAGGGUGCCUUGAGUGCCCAUAACAUUGCACUGCAUUCCGGUUCGGCCCCUCUCUCUCGCUGCCUACAAGUCUAUGUUGUUCAGAAUUGGAGCCAUGCGACUGGAAUACGCUGGCAUCGUGCAGUCUUCUUCCGCCGUCACCGCUAUUUUGAUGCUCUUGUGCUUUGUCGCAAUCCAGUCGGCGAGUGGUGUGCAGAUCGUGCGGUUAUCUGUGCCCACGUGGGUCGAGAAUGGCACCGAGGACUCAGUGUUGUUGGACUGCGAGUACGCUUACACUGAGCGCGACGACUCACAGCUGGUGGUCAAGUGGUUCCUGAACGACGACCCAAAGCCCAUCUACCAGUGGAUACCCGAGCUGGAGACACGCCACGUCUCUCAGAGGCUGAAGGGGCGCCUCAACACCGACUUCACCGUCACCGCGAACCACUUCACAAAGUUCCGUGCUCUCAACCUGUUGCGACCGACCACCGAGCUGAGUGGCAGGUACUCGUGUCACGUGACCUCGCACAAUAGCCAGGACCAAAAGUCGCAACUAAUGACUGUCUAUGCACGUCCAAAGCACUUCGUGUUCAACUUCUCACGAACCGCCGAAGAAUCGGCGACCACCUUCGUCUGCGAGGCAACCGGCGCCUUUCCUUUACCCACGCUGUCGCUGUUCCAGUUAGACGAAGGAUCUUCUGCUUCCCCACCACGGCGCCACGCCCUCGCCCCAACGCAGCGGGUGACACCCCGGCAGGACGGAUCCUACGUCACUCGCGUCUCCAGCCAAGUGCCGGACGAACAGUUCUCGCGCUCGGGUCGGCACUUGUUCGUGUGCCUACUCUCCAUACCGGGCACAGACUUCAAGAAGCAGCGACUCAUCGAGUUCUAUCCAGAAUACUACAUGGACAGUGCAACCUGCCGGGAGAUGAGUUGGUGUCUCGCACUCGCUAUGUUUGCACUGAUCUGGGCCUCACGAUAAAGUCAACAAGGGUCCGCCUACGAGCUUCUGGUGAUCUGCAUUCGAGACCAAGUCAACUUCGUUCGGGAAAACUCCAAGCCUGGAUUAAAAUAAUAGAGACGUCGUACACUCCUACUGCACCAAAACCAAGCGGUAGUAAAACGUUCUCUGGAAGCCUAUACAAGUUCAGCGCCAGCACCAUCAACUGCUAAGUGAGACGACAGCCAAUAACGUUGCAGGAAGAUGGCUGAAGAAAGAAGUGGUUCCAUUGAAUGAACGUACAGAAAGAAUUCCCUGUUAUUUCUGCUUGAUUUUUCCUGUUUUACUUCUACGAAAUGUUUCGGAGGAUAUAAACUCAGAGUAUAACCAUGCCAGCUGUGUAAAUAAGAUAGCGCCUUGUUGAAAUGAGAAAGAAAGGUAUGCACAGGUGAAAAUAAAAAUAUAAUAUUUAUGAA